AUGAGCCUUCGAAAGAUCAACUUCGUCACUGGAAACGCUGGAAAAUUGCGAGAAGUUAAGGAGAUUUUGAAGAAUUUUGAGGUAACCAACGUGGAUGUGGACCUGAACGAAUAUCAAGGAGAGCCGGAAUUCAUUGCGGAGCGAAAGUGUAAAGAGGCCGUCGAAGCGGUGAAGGGACCCGUCUUGCGCUCCACCGAGAAUCGUACACGCUACGCGACCGCAACGCAUGAAAAUCAAUACAAACAAUUAUCAUAA